AAAAGUGUCAGAGCACAGGGGAUAGUAGCUUUGUUUCCCUAUCUAGAAGACCCAUACUCACAACAUGGAUAUGAUCAUUACUACGAUCCGGAGAGUGGUUCCGGAUACCUUGCAUGGCGAUUGAAGACCAUACAAAGAAAAACAGCAGAGGAAAGAGGUGCCUCAGUCAGCAAAUCUCCUAAAGUUGGUGGGCCAGGCCGUGAUCGUCAGCCCUUCACCUAUGACAGAGAGCCAUCUGAUGAGGAUGUGGAAGCAGCUAUUGCUGUUUUGAGACACUCUGCUGAUGAAAACACUGUCCGUGAGAAGAUGAAAAUGACCUUCAUAUAUCGGCAAGCAAUGGUCAACGAUGAAGCCAAAUCAUCAGAUGUCUUCUCGGUCUUCCCAAGAUUUCUGGACACACCAGGACUGAUAGAACAAGAUUUCAGACUUCUGUUUGGUGAGGCCACAGCCAACAAAUUCUUGGAGAAGUGGCCAACCACUUUCAAAGCAAAAGUAAUAAAGGAAAGCCAUGGACUUGUAUCCACCACAGAACUCUUGGAUUUGAUGCGCAAUGCUGAGUCAGCUGCUGAAGUUGAGAAUGGCUGGGACAGUGACAUGUCUGCCAUCUUGCUGCUGCUACAUUUGCUACCACCAUCUGCACAAGGUAGAAAGAGGCCGGGAAAGAUGUCUGCAUAUCAAGCUGUAGAUCAGCUCAUCAGAUUUCAAAAGGUUGGAACCAGUGUGCAGCAGCAUCUUGACAACAUCACCCAAAGCAGUCAGCCCUACCUUCUCGCCCAGGGAUCCACACAGAGCAGCAUUCACUCCUACUUCAUUGUGGUUGACAAGCAUGCUCUUCCAUGCAAGGCAACAGGUUCAGUAGGAGCUUUUGACGAAGUCUUUAAAGCCCAUUACGUAUUUGGUACGUCAUACAGUUCUUCCUUGAGCAGCUUUUUCACUUUUGUGCAAACAACCAUCUAUAACAUCGACAUGGGGGAAACAAAGGAGACUCCUAGAGUUGCUGAGUUGCGAGCAAGAAUGGUGCGUUAGUUGAGAUAAAACUAUGAAGUGUUUUCUUUGCAAAAGUGACCAUGGAAGUCCAAACAACCUUGUUAAGCACCUUAAGAUAAUUCAUGGGCUAUGUACAGGCAGGACUCUUUUUCUGAAAUGUGGUCAAGAAGGAUGCUCACGUUCUUUUGGUAGCUUUUCUGGUUUUAGAAAACAUCUUAACAAGUGCCACGGAGAAAGUUUAGUAGAUUCUAUAGAAGAUGAUCUUUCAGACCCUCAAAGUACCGUCAACACCAGUAAUAUUUCUCAUGUUGAAGUGUCGACUGAAUGUUUAGAGGCUGAGUCAGAGUUAUCUUCGCCAUACAUUGUAAAUAGUUGUGCAGCUGUUAUUUCUGAUCUAAAGGCAGCAGGUGUUGGUCAAAGUACAGUAAAUACUGUAGUGAUUUCCAUGGAAGAGAUUGUUCAAGAUAUUCAUCAGCAUGCUAAAGAAACAGUGAUAAAGCAUGUAUUUAGUAAUGAAAGAGAAACAGAAAUGUGCAAGAAAGUUGAGGCGUGUUUUGAGGGGUUAGAGAAUCCUUUCACAGUUCUA